AUUAAAAUUAACUAUGCUCACAAAAGCAUUAGCUAGAUAGAUGCGUGUAGCAUUCUCUGCUGCAAAGAAGGAAGCAUCAACUUCAACAAAAUAGGCAACUGCAACAACAGGGUAGAUUGCCUAAGUCAUUGGUGCAGUUGUAGAUGUGUAAUUUGAUGGUCCUUUACCUCCUAUUUUGAAUGCUUUGUAAGUUUAAGGAACAAGUCAUAAAUUGAUAUUGGAAGUGGCUCAACAUUUAGGUGAUAGCAGAGUCAGAACAAUCGCCAUGGAUUCAACAGAGGGACUUAUUCGUGGUUAACCAGUUUCAGAUUUGGGUGGUCCAAUUACAAUUCCAGUUGGCCCUGAAACAUUGGGACGUAUUAUGAAUGUGAUUGGCCCAAUCGAAACUAAAAUCAGAUAUCCAAUUCACAGAGAAGCUCCAAGUUUUGUUGACUAAGGUAGUGGUGCUGAAAUCUUGAUCACUGGUAUCAAAGUCGUCGAUUUAUUGGCUCCAUAUGCUAGAGGUGGUAAGAUUGGAUUGUUCGGUGGUGCAGGAGUCGGAAAGACUGUGUUAAUUCAAGAAUUGAUUAAUAAUGUUGCUAAAGCCCAUGGUGGUUAUUCAGUGUUUGCAGGAGUAGGAGAGAGAACAAGAGAAGGAAACGACUUAUAUCAUGAAAUGGUUGCCUCUGGUGUCAUCAACUUGAGUGGUGGAUCAAGAUGUGCUCUCAUUUAUGGAUAAAUGAAUGAACCCCCCGGUGCCAGAGCCAGAGUUGGUUUGACUGGUUUGACAGUUGCUGAAUAUUUCAGAGAUGAAGAAGGAAAAGAUGUGUUACUCUUUAUUGACAACAUUUUCAGAUUCACAUAAGCAUGUUCAGAAGUGUCAGCCUUAUUGGGACGUAUCCCAUCAGCUGUCGGUUAUCAACCAACAUUGGCAACAGAUUUAGGUCAAUUGUAAGAACGUAUCACAACAACCAAGAAGGGAUCCAUCACAUCAGUCUAAGCUAUUUAUGUACCUGCAGAUGAUCUUACAGAUCCAGCACCUGCCACAACAUUUGCUCACUUGGAUGCCACCACUGUGUUGUCAAGAGCAUUGACUGAAUUAGGUAUCUAUCCAGCUGUCGAUCCAUUGGAUUCUUCAUCACGUAUGAUGGACCCAAAUAUUGUUGGUGAAAAGAUAAUAUAUUAGAUUUAAUAUUAUUUAGACAUUAUACAGUCACAAGAGAGAGUUUAAAAAUUGUUGUAAGAUUACAAAUCACUCCAAGAUAUCAUCGCUAUUUUGGGUAUGGAUGAAUUGUCUGAAGAUGAUAAACUUACUGUUGCCAGAGCUAGAAAAGUAUAAAGAUUCCUUUCAUAACCAUUCUUCAUGUCUGAAGUCUUCUCAGGAAGAAAGGGUAAAUUCGUUUCACUUAAUGACACUAUUUCUGGAUUCAGAGCAUUACUUGAUGGUGAAGGUGAUGAAUACCCAGAAAAUGCAUUCUAUAUGUAAGGUACAUUUGAGGAUGUCAUUGAAGAAGCUAAAAGAGUUGCAGCUGAAACAACAAAAUGAAAUAUAAUUUAAUAACAUAUAGCAUAAAAUUUAAAAUAAUCAUUAUCA